GCAGUGGCUCGCGCGCACUCAGUCAAUGGAGAAGUAGAGAGAAACGCAUUCAGAGCAACAUAAACUUACAUUUACGACUUUUUAAGCGUUUAAUUUGUUGGAUUUUUAUCCUCGACUUUACUAAAAAAAAGUACUCUUAAGUGUUUCUUCAGCUGACGUUGAACAGGUCUGUCGAGAAGAGACGAAAAGAUGAAAUACAUUAUAGGAGUUGGCGGAGUCACUAAUGGUGGUAAAACUACCCUGACAAAUAAGUUGAUCAAGACGUUGCCCAACUGCUGUGUUGUGCACCAAGAUGACUUCUUCAAGAAACCUGAUCAGAUAGAAGUCGGGGACGACGGCUUUAGACAAUGGGAUGUGAUAACAGCCAUGGAUAUGGAGUCCAUGACCAACACAGUAAAAGGCUGGAUCGAGAACCCAGUGAAGUUCGCCCGUUCCCACGGCGUCCCGCUGUCUUCUGCAUCCCAGGUGGCCGACACAGACCAGCAGAUCUACAUUCUGAUCGUGGAGGGCUUCCUGCUCUACAACUACCCGCCUCUGCUGGAUGUUUUCGACAAGAGCUAUUACAUCACGAUUCCCUAUGAGGAGUGCAAGAGAAGGAGAUGUACAAGACAGUACACCGUCCCCGACCCUCCCGGCCUGUUUGAUGGCCAUGUGUGGCCGAUGUACCUGAAGCACAGGAGAGAGAUGGAGAGCAGCGGCUUUAGUAUUGAGUGCCUGGAUGGUUUGAAAUCCAAAGAGGAAAUCUACAACCAGGUGUAUGAGAGCAUCCAGAACAACCUGCUCAAUCGUUUAUAGCAGGAAGACUCCUCCAUCCCUGUACAGAACUUGUAAAUAGUCUCGAGGAUAUUUUGCUUUUUUUAAUGACGUUUUUCUAAUUUUAUUCUUUGUUAACUUAUCAUUGUUUUGAUUUAUUUUUUUAUGUGAACAUUACUGUUCUGUUAAACCACUGAACUUGUACUGGACCAUUUGUCACAUUCUCCUUCAAAUAAAUGUGUUCGUUGCUGUUGAUAUACAGUAAAUCAAGAA